CGAUGCAUCGCGAUUGAAGGCACAUCGUACGAGCAUGUACACGGCCAUGUACACAAACACAACAAAUAUGGCGUCGAAACGGGAUACAAGUCCAAUGUCUGAUGAAUCUUGCGGUAAAAAACGGAAAGAAGUCCGAGUAUGGAUGGAUGGAUGUUUUGACAUCGUGCACUUUGGUCAUGCCAAUGCUCUUAGACAGGGCAAGAGAAUGGGUGAUAAGCUGAUAGUUGGUGUUCACUCUGAUGAUGAAAUAACUAAGCACAAGGGUCCACCUGUGUUCACUGCAGAAGAAAGGUACAGAAUGGUGCGAGCCAUUAAAUGGGUGGAUGAGGUUGUGGAGGAGGCUCCAUAUGUUACCACUGUAGAAACACUUGACAAUUACAACAUGGACUUCUGUGUUCACGGAGAUGACAUCACCACCACGGUUGAUGGAAAGGACACCUACCAGGAGGUGAAGGACAGAGGCAGAUACAAGGAAUGCCACAGAACUCAAGGUGUGUCUACAUCUGAUAUUGUUGGAAGGAUGCUAUUAGUGACGAAGACCCAUCAUCAGUUUGGUGAGGAGCCAUCUGUGGACCCGACACAGGCAGGGGAGAUCAGUCAGGCAACAGGUCAUGACAGACCAACUGAUGAAAUAAACAAUUCAAAUCAUUUCCCAAAUGCCCAUGACUCCCACAGUCCCUGGACGUGCGUGUCUCAGUUCCUGCCAACAACCAAUAAGAUCAUCCAGUUUGCUGAGGGCAAGGAGCCCAACCCUGGGGACAAGAUCGUAUAUGUCGCCGGGGCAUUUGAUUUAUUCCAUGUUGGACAUUUAGACUUCCUUGCUAAAGCAGCAAAGCUGGGGGAUUUCUUGAUAGUUGGGCUACAUACUGAUAAAAUAGUGAACAGAUACAAAGGUGCCAACUACCCCAUCAUGAACCUGCAUGAGAGGACCCUGAGUGUGCUGGCUUGUAAGUUUGUUAAUGAGGUGGUGAUAGGGGCCCCCUACUCUGUGACCAAGGAUCUCAUGGAGCACUUCAAUGUGGACGUGGUGGUGCAUGGCCAGACCCACAUCAUGGAGGAUGUAGACGGGCAGGACCCUUAUAAGUAUCCACGACAGAAAGGAAAGUUUCAGUCUGUAGACAGUGGCAAUUCUCUCACUACUGAAGACAUCAUACAAAGAAUAAUUACUAACAGGCUGAAGUAUGAAGAAAGAAACAAGAAAAAGGCUGACAAAGAGAACAAAAUCUUCGAGGCUCUUCAAAAGAAGCAACAGGAGUCAAACGGUCAGCCGCAGGUCCUCAACAUUUAGUGUUGUAGAACGUGUGUGAUGUAACUGGAUCAUGGACAGCUCAACCAGAAACACCCAUCAAUGACAUGAUUUUGAAUGUCAUUGUGUGUUUAAUUAAAAGAGUUUCAAUCAUUUUAAGUAUUUAGCAUAUUUCAAACUUAUUUUUAAUUUUUAUUUGGUAUAUUUGUAGCCAAGCAUGUUGUUUUUCACCAUGUGUGUAGAUUAUUUAUUUAUUCACUAUAUAGUUUCUGUUUGAUGAAAAAUGUACUUUAAUGAUAAAGUUCUUGAUAAAAAUCUAUUUGAUAAUUCAAUGUUUGCUUCUGAAAUUCAGCUUUAAUUUGUUAAUUAGUGGUUUUUCUAGUCAGGGAUAUUGUUACAUGCAUCAUAACCUGGUGAUUGAUACCUUACUUGAAUUGAAGGAAAACACCACAUUUUGAUUUACAUUGUCAGUGUCUGACAUUUGUUCUUACCUACGUUUAAAAAUAAUAUUAUAUCUGUGAUAGAGUUCUGUAUAAAUCCAUAUUUCUAAAUCAUGCAUUAGUUUGGAUUUCUGCUAUAUUUCCAUAGUGCAUUAUUUCUUCAUGUACAUGGUGUAUGCCGUUGCUGUAAACAAAUGUUUAUUCCAGAUAGUAGAUUUUGGUUUCAUAAUCUAUUUAAAUGCAUAAUAAUUAACCAU